GUAAUUGUCCGGAAGCCGCGGAGGGACAAACAGCAGCAGCUCCAGCGGCGAUGUGGUGAAACCGGCCAGAGCUACCGGUGCGGCUCCAGCGGGCGCUCGGUCUGGCUGCCGCCGCCUCUCAGCGCUCGCACGCCGCCCAGAACGAGGCCUCCUCACCGCGGACCGGGCCCGCUUUUCGGCCACCUUCCCCCGGGUAACGAGCCGUCUCUCUGCCGCUUCCAGUGAUGCGGAGGCGGAGCUCCCUGACCGCGGAGAAGGACAGCGACCCGGAGCUGAAGCAGCGAGCCGGCAGAGCGGCGGCGCAUCCGGCGACCCGAGGCCGACAGGGCCCGGGAGAGGAGCCGGGGAUGGGGAAGAGACCGUUCAGGAGGCUGGGGCUGCUGGGAAAGAUGAAGAGGAUGAUGAUGGUGCUGCUCUUCGUCUACGUCUCCAUCCCCUUCAUCAUCAAGCUCUUCCCCUCCAUCCAGGCCAAACUCGUCUUCCUCAACUUCGUGAGGAUGCCGUACUUCAUCGACCUGAAGCGACCUCUGGAUCAGGGGCUGAACCACACACACAACUUCUACCUGGAGCCUGAGGCGGGCCUGAAGAUCGGAGUCUGGCACACGGUUCCCGCUCAGAUGUGGAGGGACGCUCAGGGCAAAGAUGGCGACUGGUACCGCUCCGUUAGCUCCCACCCUGUCAUCCUCUAUCUCCAUGGCAACGCAGGGACCAGAGGCGGUGACCACCGGGUGCAGCUGUACAAGGUCCUCAGUUCACUGGGAUACCAUGUGGUGACCUUCGACUACAGAGGGUGGGGCGACUCAGAUGGAUCGCCAUCGCGAGGGAUGACAUCAGACGCUCUUUUCGUCUAUGAUUGGCUGAGACAGAGGAUGGAGAAAACUCUGCCCCUCUACAUCUGGGGCCACUCUCUGGGGACCGGAGUCGCAACGAACCUGGUGAGACGGCUGUCUGAGCGAGGAAGUCCUCCUGACGCUCUCAUCCUGGAGUCUCCCUUCACCAACAUCAGGGAGGAGGCCAAGAGCCACCCCUUCUCCAUGGUGUACCGCUUCCUGCCCGGCUUCGACUGGUUCUUUCUGGACUCCAUCACCGCCAACAACAUCCGCUUCGCCAGCGACGAGAACAUGGACCAUUCCUGUCCGGUUCUGAUUCUACACGCCGAGGACGACGGAGUGGUUCCGUUCCAACUGGGGCAAAAAGGUACCAGGUUCAAACGGCUCUACAGUCUGGCGUCUCGCUCCAGCAGCCUCAGUGACCAUAAGGUUCAGUUUGUGGCGUUCCCGGCGGCUCUGGCCUUCAGACACAAGUUCAUCUACAGGAGCCCGGAGCUGCCAAAUAUCCUCAGUGAUUUCCUGGGAGCGGCUCAUCCCGCCGUGGCGUGACGACGGCUCGUCUUGAUGGAUUGAGCGUUCCUGUUAGCAUUCCCGACGUUCCGGCUGACG